AUGAGAGUGUGUUACCUUGCUGGAAUGCUUGUCCGCUCUCUUCAACGGAAGCAACCAGAGCUUGAGAUCACAAACGAAGACAUCCUUUGUGUGCAGAUUGCUGGUCUUUGUCAUGAUCUAGGUCAUGGUCCGUUUUCACACUUGUUUGAUAAAUUGUUCAUCCCUGCCGUCAAACCUGACUUUGAACACAAGCAUGAGCACCUGUCUGUGCUGAUGUUCGAUCAUCUUAUCAAGGAGAAUCAUCUAGAGGCCAAGCUGCAAGAGAAUGGAUUAAAUGAACAGGAUCUUCUGUUCAUCAGAGAACAGAUUGAAGGGCUACCUAAAGACUCUCUGUGGCUGUACAGAGGAAGAAAGCGGGAGAAAAGCUUCCUCUACGAGAUUGUGGCUAACAAAAGGAAUGGUAUUGAUGUGGAUAAAUGGGAUUACUUUGCACGCGACUGUCACAACCUUGGAAUGGCUAACAGCUUUGAUCAUAUGAGGUGCAUGGAAUUUGCCAGAGUGAUCCAGGUAGAAGGAGAAAAACAGAUAUGCAGUAGAGACAAGGAGAAAGUCAAUCUGAAUGAAAUGUUCCACACGCGGUCUAUUCUCCAUCGUAGAGCUUACCAGCACAGAGUAACCAGAAUCAUCGAAACAAUGAUAGUAGAGGCUCUGACCAAAGCUGAUCGCCAUCUCAGGAUUUUCCCAGGAGCCAAUGGGAGUAAGCUGACCAUGUCUGAGUCAUUGGGUGACAUGUAUGCCUACACACACCUGACAGACAGUGUGCUAGAACACAUCCUCGUCUCACAGGAGAAAGAUCUCGAUGAUUCCAAAGAAAUUAUUCAGAAGAUCCUCACCAGACAGCUCUACAAGUGUGUAGGACAGUUACAACUACCAGCAGGCACAGAAGAGCAACCAAUGGAAAUCAGGAGAGAGAUCUGUCAAGCUGGGUCAGAGGAGGACCUGAAAGGACCUCAGCUUGACCCAAAUGACCUGGUGGUAGAUGAGGUGAAGAUCGAUUAUGGAAUGGGUAAACGGAACCCUGUCGACUACGUCAGGUUCUACUCCAAGGAAGACCCGAACAGGGCCGUCGAGAUCAGGAAAGGACAGGUAUCCACAAUGCUUCCAGAGAAUUUUGCAGAGCACUACAUCCGUCUCUACUGCAAGCAUCGCGAUGCGAAGAAUGUUGCCAAGGCCAAGAAAUGUUUCACUGAUUGGUGUACGACAAAGGGGUUCGCCCAACCAGAGACUGGCAACUUCCUUGACUGUGAUAUGACACCAGUAAAAAAAAAAGGACGAAAAUCGCAGCCUAUCCGUAACCCGAAACGAAGAAAAGAAGAAAAGGCUGUGAGUGAGUGAUAGCAAUAUGUCAGUCGUAUACUGUAGUAUCCAUCUAUUUUAUUUUGGAUAAGAGGUUACUUUUGAAAGACUAAACAGAUGAUAAGACACAUUGGUGUUUGCAAAGUGCUUUAAAUUGCCUUGCAAAGUUAGUUUAAAGAUACUAUGUGAAUAUGUCAUGUAUGUUCUACCUGUGAAAUUUAAACAUUAAGCAGUGUCCUGGUAUUCAAAUUAUGCAAGGAACCCGUUUACCUUCUAGGCUUCACUGCCAGACUGAAUUGAGUGACCGACUGGCAUUCUUUUUUCUGUGGUAAUAACAUACAUAAAAUGAGCUGUAACAGGUACAUGAGCAUUUGUCUACA